CGUUCUUAAAAUAUUUCCAACGUUCGACAACUAAAAUGAGAGAGAAAAAAAUACAGAAAGGAAGAAGCUCCUGCUUCACCAAACCGCCACUGCAUUCAUAAACUUUUAGUGCUUCCUUCGAUCCAACACAAGUGAAAAGAAACCGAAUUUUUUGUUGUUUCUCGAGAAUCUGGAUCAUUUUCUCGAGCAAAUAAAUACUAUGAAAUUCCCAAAACUCUGGAUCCUGUUUCUAGUUCUUCUGGUUACGAUCCAAUCCAAGUUGGCAUUGGGGGCUAAAGUUCAAUAUUCAUCGAAACAAGCUUACGUGACGCUGCUUUAUGGAGAUGAGUUCCUUUUGGGAGUUAGGGUUUUGGGAAAAUCGAUAAGGGAUACUGGAUCAACUAAAGACAUGGUUGUUUUGGUCUCCGACGGCGUCUCCGAUUAUGCCAAGAAGCUUCUCGAGAUUAAAUUUGGCGAUCCCUUUACUUUUAUAUUUAUAUCCAUAUUUUCAUAGAAAAUUACGAUCCUCACAGUCGGUUACUUUAUAAUUUUUGAAAAAACCACAAAAAUGAUUUGCAUUGAUGCUCUGUAAUUAUUAGCUUUACAGUUAUUGCUCUGUUAGUUCACUGACAAAAUUUAUAAAAAGUUUUUGCAUUGCUCUUUUGGCAUAAUAAACAGAAGUUUGAAUUUUUAACAUUUGUUUUAACUUCAUUUUUCAUUUUGCAAUGGUGGUUAAUUGAGCAGGCUGAUGGUUGGAUUGUGGAGAAUAUUAGUUUAUUGGUGAAUCCAAAUCAUGUUCGGCCGAAGAGGUUUUGGGGUGUUUAUACCAAAUUGAAAAUUAUUAAUAUGACUAACUACAAAAAAGUUGUAUAUCUUGAUGCAGAUACUAUAGUAGUCAAAAGCAUUGAAGAUCUUUUUAAAUGUGAGAAAUUCUGUGCAAAUUUGAAGCAUUCUGAGAGGCUAAAUUCAGGAGUCAUGGUAGUUGAACCAUCUGAGGCUGUCUUCAAUGACAUGAUGAGCAAAGUGAAUACUUUGCCAUCUUAUACUGGAGGAGAUCAGGGAUUUCUGAAUUCUUAUUACUCUGAUUUCCCAAAUGCCCAUGUUUUUGACCCUAAUAUACCUCAGGAGGUGUUGAAAGUCCGACCUGUUCCUGAGAUGGAGCGACUCUCUACUCUAUAUAAUGCAGAUGUUGGGCUUUACAUGCUUGCCAACAAGUGGAUGGUAGAUGAGAGUGAACUUCGUGUUAUUCACUAUAAGCUUGGGCCACUUAAACCAUGGGAUUGGUGGACAUUUUGGCUAUUAAAACCAGUUGAUGUCUGGCAGAAUGUUGGGGAACGACUUGAAGAAACCCUCCCUGGUACUGGAGGAGGCAAAAAUCCAAAUGAUGAGCUUUUGGUCAAAUUCCUUUUCCUGUUACCUUUCUGUGUUCUAGUUUGUUACUAUCGUUCUUUUCUUCAUACAGGGGGCUUUCUUUUCAGAACUUCAUUAUGCAAUCACAUCAGACACCUUUACUUCAUAAUUAGAUCAAGUGGGACAGUUGCUUACAGUGGUGUAUCUUCAUCAUCUAACAUUAAUGUUAAUAAUCCAACCAAGGUGCCUGUCUACCUGGGUGGCAUUUCUGUUUUUGUAUGUUUUAUGGCUGUUGUGGUGUCCCUUGGAAUUUCUAUCACAAUUGUGCCUCAACAAGUGAUGCCAUGGACUGGUUUGUUCUUGAUGUAUGAGUGGACGUUUACGAUCUUCUUUCUUUUGUUUGGAGCUUUUCUUCAUUUGAUUUAUCAGCAGGGAAGGAGAAUAGUGACGCAACUGACCCCAGUUUCUGCUGAUACAGAUUUGUUUAAUUCUGAUUCUAAAAAAGAUCAUCGACAGGCAUCCUCUUGUGAUAUUGUUUCUUGGUACUACGGGUUAGGGAUGGCCUUUCUGGCUAUUGUGGCCCCAUCCUUGCCAUGUAUUUUCGGGAUCACCACUCUGUUCUUGAGGUUGGGUCUAAUGGUAGUCGGAGGGAUUAUAUUAGCAUCUUUUAUGACAUAUGCUUCCGAGCAUCUCGCAAGUAGGUCAUUCUUGAAAGGUUGUGAAGACCGGGACACCACGCAAUCGAGGGAAUGUUUCUUAUGUUGAUAGAAGGCUUCAAAAUUGUUCAUGGUGAUUACCACCACUGCAUUUUUCCUUUUAAUCUUGCAUUUUAUUUAACAUACAAUCACAACAAUUAAUUUGUAGAAUAUUGCAGAAAAUUGUCAAAUUAUAAAAACAAAUUUUCUAUAUUAGGUGUUUGUUUCUUA